GUUUCAGACGUUUCUGAGCAAGCGUCGGUACUGGUAUGCAUCAGCUUUUUCCAGUAAUUUUUCUGGUUUAGUAGUGACAGCGUGUAUUAAUCAAAUUCCUUGAACUUUGAAGCUAGAUAGCCCCUUUUCCUAGAAGGUCGCAUCUUGUCUAUCAAAUCCCAGGCUCUCAUCACUCCUGUUGUGGUUUUCGGGUCUGCUUGAUCAGAUAGCUGUUCAUUAUGGACGGGGGAGGAGUCGUAACCCGUUCUCGUCAGCGACAACGCAGUGAGUCCCAGGAACCUGUCCCCGUCAAUGCCCAUCGUCGGGACAAGAGCAGCGGUGCUCCGACCAUGGAUGCCGUGCCCGAGCAGGUCACCGCUGAAUCCUUGUCGACGCCCUCAUCACAGUCCAGCCAGAAAAGCUACAGCAACGGCAUCCGCAAUGGCCACCACGGCUCGAACGGUUUCCACAUGGAUACGCCGCCGUCCAGCCAGAGCGCCGGAUCCCGGCCGUUGAGCCCCACAUCGAUGACACGCGAGGCGGAGAAGCAGGAGUUGCAGAAGCUCAACAGCCGCUUGGCCAUACUCUUGAGCAAACUACACGAGUCCAAUUCAGAAAACAUCACAUUAAAGGAGGCUCUGGCUCUGAAGGAAGGCGAAACCCAAGCGCUUCUGGACUCUCAGUUAGCCAUCUACCAAACACAAGUGCGAAGUCUCAGCGCUGCCCUGGAUCAGGAGAACAACCAAAAGGUCCAGGAGAUCUUCGCGCGUGAGCGGGCUCAGGCCGAAUUGCAACAGCUGACAGAAAGGGUGGCCGAUCUGCAGGACCGCUUUGAUGACGCCGAAAACAGGGCGAAGGGCGCCGAAAAGCUGCAACGCGAAAGUGACCGCAAACUGGCCGACGCCCAGAUUGCCCUUAACGAGGCCAACAUGCAGAAGAUGUACUUCAAGGCGGAAUUCGACAAACUCCAGGCGCAGCUACGUUCUCUACAGAGUGCCCUGGAAGAAGAAGUGGCGGAUAAGGCGAAACUGCAAAAUCAGUUGAACACGGUUAAAGAAGCGGCAGAGUUUGAAAUUAAACUGGCCAUGGAUAGACUGAAACACCAGGCUAUUCCCAUCGACAGCGUGGACGCCAGUGCUCGCCGUUCAUUCAACGAGGUUAACCUAGACCGUAUCCGGGAAAAUUUCCAGCAGGACAUGGAAGAUCAGCGCCAGGAAAUUGAAGAACAACUGCAUGACAUGUACCAGAGAAAGAUAGAGGAUAUGUCAAAUCAAAUGCGGAUCAUGGAACAGGAUCUGGAACAGGCUCAACGUAGCGCAGUAACAGCUAAUAAAAAUUACCGGGAUAUGUCGCAACAGCUGUCUGCAAAUGCCAAAGUGAAUCGCGAAAUUGAGGACGAUUUGGCUCGGAUGCGUGCGGAAUUCGAUCGCUACAAAGAAAAUGCUGAGGGGCGCUUGUUUGAUGCGUCCAACGCGCUGCGGGAAAAGAGUCACAUGUAUCAGGAGGUACUAACUCAAAAUCAGGAGCUAAGGGACGCUCACGCUGACAUCCUGGCUGAACUGAGAGUCUAUGACGAACUGAUGAAAAGUCUGGAGCAAAAAGUUGGUAUUCCAACGCCGGAACGCAGCUUCAACCGUUCAUCUGUGGUGGGCAAUAAAAAACGCAAACACUCUGACUUCUAUCCGGUGUCUCUUGAAAAAUCAGCAAGUCGGAUGGGAUCCUUUGGGCGACCGUCGUCAUCGCAGACUACAGUCAAAGCGUCGGCCAACAAAUCUCGCUCUAAUGGCGACAUUUGCAUCUCGGAAAUGGAUCCCGGCAAGUUCAUCCGCAUCGAGAACACAGCGGAAUCGGCUGCCGACAUCUCCGGAUAUAUCCUGCUGCAGCAGGGUUCGAGCGGCCAGGAAGUCAAGUAUACUUUCGAGGAAGGUGCUACCAUUGCCGGCAAUGGAAUUAUCACGGUUUAUGGACCGAAAAUCGGUGACAGCGUUACUCAUAAUGGGACCACGGAGCGUGUGGCGGAUGAGGAUUGGAUCACUGGACACAAGACGGCGGCGUACUUAUAUGAUGCCACUGGGAGAACUGAACUGGCCAGUUACCAGACGGUAUCGGAAGUUGCUGGCUCCGGAGCUAUGAUGACACCGCAAGGAUCGGCGUCGAAGAGGGGUUUGCUGAGCAGAAUCCUUGGCAGGUCUUGAUGGUCCAUUUCCGUAUGAAUGGAUCCAACCUGUAGCCUUUUGGGAUCGUUGGAAUGGCAUAUUUUUCGAACAAAUGGGAUAUUUGUUACGUUUUAUAAUUUUGUCUACGAUUGCAAUUUGUUCCUGAAAUUUUGGAUAGCUUGUACCGUUGUACGUGCACUUUGGGCGGAUACUCAUAUUUUUUAGGCUUGUAGCUUUUGUACGAUUAUUGUUUCCAAAACACUAUUACGUUACCGUUGUGCAAUUUUCCGCUGGUCUGUAUUUUUUAUGAUUUAAGUAUCUGGGAGUGUGAUCUACCAUUUAUUCGAAUGAAAAAGUAAAAUGGAUUUCGCGUCA